AUGUUGGGACAGCUACUUCUUAAGGGCACGGUGGUCCUUUGGCUGGUGCAGAUGGCACACACAGGGGGUGAGUGAGUGCAGAGGUGGAGGCCUCAGAUGGGAACCAGUUUAAUGUCUAAACUGUGUUAACUGUGAUCAGUUCUUUAUUCAGUUCUUUAACUUAUAAACCAAAUACAAACACUGCCUUUAUUGGUGAGGCCUUCAAUCAGGAUGAUCAAUAUAAGAGGAGACACUGAUAAAUGUAAAAGGCAAGCUUUGUUACGGCGGCUGAAGAGUCCAAGAUUUGGGGAAAUACAGUAAAGUCUGACAGAUUAAUUUGAGUUUGUGGAGGAAAUUUAACCGUGAAGUUCUGUGAAGGGUAGUGAAAAUGUUUGUGAGGUGACAUUUAGCUAGAGACAGUCAUAAGAAUUCAAGACUUAGAGGGGCCUCUUUGAGACAAUACAUCCUGUGUGUGAUAGUCGAAUUCUUCUUGAAAGGGGAUCAUGUCUGGAAAGCGUGACUGAAACUUAGUCAUUCGAACUUAAAUACCUUUCUUUGUAAUUGAGCUUGUUAUUUACACACACUUGUACUUUCAUAAAAGUAUGGUGGGAUAAUUCACUAUGGACAGAGCUGUUUAUGUCAAGUCUAUUUAAAAGCUUUUCUCAUCAUAUCAAACUGUAACAUCUAUAUGAACUGUCUGCUAGCUGCACAAUUUGUUAAUGUGGUAGAUUCUGUUAUAAUGAAAGGCCUCUUUGCCGGUCUGAAAGGGUGUAGUUUGUCUCUGUUAGUUACGCAUUUAAAUUUUCAUAGUAAUGCUGAUAUAGAGACCCAUAAGAAAACCCAUAUAUUAUCAUGAUUUAACAAAUCAUGCAAGAAUUUGAAUAAUUUUAUCCAUUGUCAAUUCUGUUGAAUGGUUUGAGCAGAAAUAAUGAUCCCACUUCUCUUUCUAUUGUUUACAAAACAAGCUGUACAAAUAUAUUCUAUGCUUGCAUAUUUUUUUUAUCUUGUCCUUUUUAAUAAUUACUUACAGAUUUGGAUUCUAUUAAGAUUUCUCAAUUGUAAUAAGAACUGGCAGGACAACCUAAACCCCAUGUGCAGAGAAACCGCUCAGAUCCUGCAGAUUUGAAAAAAAAAAAAAAGAUGAGUCGAUGUCUUUCAGAUGCUUGGGUUUGCCUGUCAAAUUUCAAAGGAUCCUGUUAAAACGAAUCUUUGAAACACUCCUCAUAUAGCUGGGCUUGGUCUGCGGUCUUUCAACUUUUCUUGUGAUGAUGUGAAACAACGAUAUAUUCUUUCCUCUUAACUGGCGGUCUCAGUUUGAGAAAAUCAAAGGAGGCUCAGCUUUAGUGGCAGCAGGCAUCUAAAUUUAACAUCCCUCUGUGAGGAAAGAAGAGAAUAGUUUUACUGCUGGUACACGGCCACUUCAGGGGAUAAGCUCUCUUUUUCCUGAAAGUGAUCAGCAGGCAUCUGUCUGACCAGGACACUCAGUGGAAAAUUUAAUGAAUAGCUGGUGUGAUAUUCUAUAACCUCAGUGCCAUAACAGUCGGGAUGAGAAAAUUUUGAUAAAAUGAGAAUUUUAUGAUUUACCAUAGUGAACCAAAAACUUUUCAAAACAACAAAUCAAAUGUUGAGACUGUAAACUUCCGUUUUAUGAAAAAUGUAUGCUUAUGUUAAAUUUGAUGACAACAGUAUGUUUGGGACAGAUGCAACAAUACACCCUAACCCUAAAACACACCUGGAGGAACACCUGGAGGAACAUUUUCCCCCCUGAUUAUAUCAACUUAUAGCAGGUUAUUAGUACGAUAGAGUAUACCAAAUGCAAUCCAGAGGGGCACUGACUCUCAGAGAUAAAGAUGGAAAGAGAGUCACCAUUUUGUGAGAGACUGCGUGAGGGUUUAGUGCAGCGAUCCCAGAAUAAACCUCUGGAGCAUAAUUGCAAAGAAUCUGAAGAUGGAAAAGGCACUGACUGAUACUGGAUGGCUAUGAUCUUCACCCUCAGUUGGCACUGCGUCAAGAACAGACAUGCACUGCUGUGGAAAUCUGUGUAACAUCUUAGCAACACACUCCAAACUGAAAGAAACAGUCAUGCACAAUCCCCCUACAAAAUGACCUCACCUGUGUGAGCAAGCAUCUCUUCAGUAUUUGAUGUUUUUUCUAAUUUUACCCAUUAUAGGAAUAAUUUAAACUCUGCUGUGUUUUAGGAUAUGGAGCCUCAUCUGGAGUGUCCAAUGGACACGGACCACAGCUUAAUGGUAUACUGAUGACAUUAUGCUCAACAUUUUGUCUUUAAGGCGACACUAAACUACAGCAUUAGUUUGAUUUCCACUCUAGUCUUCAUCUCCUGCUGUUAUGGUGUGUUUUUUUUAGGGAGAAACGGUGGUGGUGGUUUAGGACAAAUGUUGAUGCCUUCAAAAGGUAAAGACAACACAAUGACAAGAAUCUUCAGCUAUGAAUCAAUCUGUGCUACGAAUAUUUUGUCAUUAAAUGUUUCUUUCCCAGGUUUGGGUCAGGCCAUGGGUGCAGGAAAUGGAUAUGGAGGAUACCCCACAAAGGGCAUGGGUGAGUGAUGUUGACAUGAUGUCAAAUUAAAAUAUCCAUCUUACUUUUUUUCCUUUUUAAAUUAUCACUGUUGGUAUUUAAAAUGCAAAAACAGAGCAAUAUGUAUUAUAAAUGUGUCUAUUUUAGGUUAUGGUGCAGCAGCUGGUGGAGCCAAUGGAGGAGGCCUGAAAGGUAUCUUUAUCAUCUUCACAUGUUCACUGUAUUUUAGAAAAUAAGUCGAGGUAAGGCAAGUUCAUCUGUGUGACAUGCUUAAGCAACAAUGAAGUCCAAAGUUCUUCAUGUAAGGAUGUAGGAUAAUAACUUAAAAGAUACAGAAAAACAUAUUGAAAGAAAUAAGCACAAAAAACUGAUGAUGGAUUUAUUUUAUUUUGAAGGGUAUGGAGCAGCAGCAGGUGGAACCAAUGGUCAGGGGAGCAAAACACAGGGUAUGUGGACCUGUGGACCUAACUUACUCGUCAAUACAAAAUGAAACCAACAGAUGGCAGCAAAUACACAAUUUUAGCAUCUGUUUCAAUCACCAAACUAUACUGUGGUUGAGUUGAUCUGGGUGGUUCCCAUUUCCUCAUACAUAGAAAGUAAUACAUCCAUUGCUCUUGUACAUUAAUUCAACUUAACGCAUGUUAGAGUGAAGAGUUUGAUCUAUGGAGCACAACUAUCAAAGUUUCUCAACAUGAAUUGUUUUUGAUCCAGGGGGAAAUUCAGCAUUUUUACCAAGUGGAAAUGGAGCUAAAUCAAAUGGUAGGUGUUGAAUAAACCCCUCCAUCAGUUUGUUUCUGUAUUAGAAACGAUUCUUGCUCCAGUCAGUGAUUAUUGGCUGUGACAAAGUGGCUCUGUAAUCUUUAUUGCAGGAUAUGGAGCACAAGCUGGUCCAGCCAAUGGACAGCAAUUAAAAGGCAAUGGUAUAACGCAUGUUUUAAUUUGAACAUAUUUGCACUUACACACAGAUUAAGCAAAAACACAGUUCAGUUUGAUUUUCUAUGUUCCAGGUUAUGGUGCACAAGCUGGUGGAUAUGGUGGACAAGGAAAUAAAGGCAAUGGUACCUUGAUUAUAUAAUGUGUUAGAAAGAUGAAUCACAUCUUGGUUUCUGUUUGAGCCAUAUGUGAAACUGUGACAGCCUGCUGUGUGAAAAUACCAUAGAGCUGUAGAGCUGUUUAAGGCUAUUUUACAUCCAUACUGUAUUUCAAACAACUAUCAAAACAAACCUCAUGAUUCUCGUGUUUGUCUCUGUGUCUCUUAUUGGUUCAUAGGUUAUGGUGCUGCAGCCGGAGUGGGAAAUGGGGCAAAAUCCAACGGUGAGAGACCAUUUGUUGGAAAAGGACUUCUUCUGUUUGUUUUCUCUGAAUGAAAUAUGUAAAAAAAAAUUAUGCACCAUUCAUGUACCUGUAAAAAUGUUGACACUUUAUGAUGUGAAAAGAUCUGAUUUAUUAUUUACUGUAAUAAAGUAACACUGUUGUCUGUGUCACAGGCUACGGUGUCCAAGCUGGCCCGGCCAAUGGACAUCAGAUGAAAGGAAAUGGUAUGAAAUCAGUCUUCUGAUAAAGACACAAAUGCACACACUGAGCAACAGCGCAGGUCAAUUUCAUUCAUUUUUGUCUCACAGGCUAUGGUGCACAGGCCGGUGGGUAUGGUGGACAAGCAAACAAAGGCAACGGUAUCUAAUUGUCUUUAUUAUUCUAACAGAUGUAGAAAAUAAUUAACACUCUGCAUGGUACGAGAGUUUUAAGAUCUUCUGUGUUGACUAUAUUUGUAGGUAAUGGUGCUGCAGCAGGUGCACAAAAUGGACUUGGGACUAAAGGGAAUGGUAGGGUAGUCCUCCUGGCAUUAUCAAAGAAUGUAAUUGUAUCAGUACAGUCUGACCAUAUAAUAGAGAGUGGGUAGUAUCCAAACUUAAAAUCAUUUUUUUACUUUAGGCUACGGUGCUGGAGCUGGUCUACCGAAUGGCUAUGGAGUUAAAAAUGGUAAAUCCUGCAAAACCCGGAGUUUAAAACAAACAUUUCAAUAAUUAGAAUAAAAAUAGUCUCCAAUAAUUUGUAAUUACAAUUAUUUCAUAGGUCAAGGAGCUGCAGCUGGCCCAUCAAGCACCAAUGGAGCAAGACCAAAUGGUACCAAAUUCAAACUGGUUUCUGUGUAAUACUUUUAGAUUUUGCACCAAACUGUCUGUUCGUGCAACUUAAACAUCUUUGUACUGAACAGGACAGGGGGCAGCUGCGGGUAAAUCAAUGAAAGGCUUUGGACGACCAUCUUAUGGAGCAGGUAACUCAUCAUCUUCUGUAUUGCUGUCUGGGAAAUCAUAGAUAUUGACCUUUACAUGAUAUUUACUCAUGUGAUGCUCGAUUUAAGGCCAAGGUGCAGCAAUGGGGGGUUUGGGAGUCCCACAACUUGCAAGAAACAGAGGUGAGUGAAGACGCUGUGACACUGAACUCAUUGAGCUGCCUAGUAGACCACCAACAGUGUUGUAUUUAUUCAUCCAGGGUAUGGCGGUAAUGGUUUUAAUGGUCAUGGAGCCCAGCCAAUGGGAGGUGAGUCAAUCUGCAUUGACUUUGCCAAGGGAAUAUGAAAACAAACAAAAGUUCUGCGCUAAUACAUCAUAUAUUUGUAUGUUUAUGGUGUAUGUAGGCUACAAUGGUGGUUUUGGAAGUGCUGGUUUGGGUCUUGGACCUCGGUUUGGAAAUGGAGGAAUGAAAGGACCAAAGCAAGGUACUCAGAGUCUGUUUUUAUUCAUGCUGUUAUAAACGUUUCUAUAAAAAUCUUUUGACAAUUAUGAACAUUUCAGGCUACGGUGCUGCAGCUGGUGCCUCCAAUGGGCAAGGUGCAAAGACCAACGGUAUCUGAUUCAUUAUAAAUCGAACAUGCUUCAAAAAUAUAACAGGCCACUUUUAAAAUAAUCUAAAAUCGUUGUGUUUUAAAUCAUAAAGGUUACGCCGGAGCCAGAGCUCCCAGCAGGAAUGGAGCCUCCACAAAUGGUGAGUAAAGUAAUACUGUAUGUACUUAUAUGAUUUUUAUUCCAGUUGCAGCAUGGGGUUAAAUAUUCUUGUUUGUGAAAAUAUUCAGGUUAUGGAUACCCCAGUGGUGGACUGACAAAGCAAGCACAAUCAGGUAAAUAAGUGGAAAAUAGCUGUUUUUUAAAGCUCCUGUAGGGGGUUUUAAUCCAGUUUUGACCCAGACUGAAACAAAAGUGAUUCCUUUGUGGAUCUCCAAACCAGCUGUGGCAUGGAUAUUUAUUUGUGUGCUUAUUUUUGUGCCUGUAAAUUUUGCUGCAGGGUUGAUGUCAAUUGAGAGAAAUACUUCAUCAAAAUUAACGUUUUUCAUGACAAAGAUUUUUGAUGAGUUAAAGCAUAGAAAACAGGAUCAGCCAAAAUAUAACCUUUGUCCCUGAGGAUCUUUAACCACUAUCAGAUCCAAGUGUAGUAUUUCUUUUCCAUCCUCACAGGCUUUGAAUGCCUCUGUUUUUGUGCUGCAAGUUGUCACAAAAUUCCAUCUUUUUUGCAAAUAGUUUAGCUCUCAGAUAAAUUUCAACACCAGUUUGUUAUUAUAAGGAAACUGAUUUAGUCAAAGUUGUCUUGACUUUCUUGACUUUUUGAUUAUAAAUAUUUUUUAGGUUACGGCAGUUUUCCUAAUGGUUAUGGUGCCAAGCCCAAUGGUGAGACUGUCACUUCUUAUUGGAGGAGAUCAUUCUGAUUCAAAAUGCUGUUUUGUUUCUGGAACAUUUACAUCACAAAUUAAAGUAGUUUUUCUCUUGAACUGAUUGUGUUUCAGGAUAUGGAGUCAGCAGAGGAAGUGCAAUGAGACCCCAACCAGGUAUGAGUCACAGUAUAGCCUUUUGUAAAUAUGACAUAUGAUCAAAUUUGGCACACACUAAGUGGAUGUUUUUUGUUAAUGAUCUGUUUUAUCUCCAGGUUUUGGAAAUGGAGCUUUCCCCAAUGGAUAUGGAGCAAAACCUAAUGGUAACUGACUUGCUUAAUGUUAGUGUGUUCAAAUCACCAGUUUACCUACUUAAUCCAUUGUCCUAUCUUUGAAAACAAAACAUUUGCACAGAGAGAGAGAUGUCAAAUGUCAUGCUUAUACACGGUCAUGUGAACUGUUUAAUUUAUGUAAUCUUACAUCUUACACAAGGUUAUGGAGCUGGAGCAGGAGCAGGAGCUGGGGUCGCCAAGGGAAACGGACCCAAACCCAAUGGUAAGAAGAAAUGGUCAAAAGUGAAACAAUAAAUAUCUGUCCUCUUGGCAGUGUUGCUAACCACUUGUCUCAUCUCCCCUUGAGGUCAUGGAGCCAGAAAUGGCGCUGUGCUUGGUGGAUAUGGAGGGGCGCUCAACGGUGAGUUUCAGCUUUGAAUGAUCUGAUUUAUUUCAGAACAGAUUUUCAUUCUCAGCUCACGUUGUGACAUGUUUAAACUGUUGUUUGCAGGAUUUGGAUUCCCGCAGAGAGGCUCAAAACCUCAGAGUAACAAAGGAGUUGGAGCAGUGUCACCAGGAGAAGGAGCUAAGUCACUCGGAAAUGGUAAGAGUUGUGCUUUUUAUUUCAGCAAAAAGACAGGAAACACAAGAUGGUUAUACACGCUGGCAUUAUUUUGCAUUAAAUGUUGUAUUUGACAGGCUAUGCUGGUUCUGCUGGUAUACCAAAUGGACAGUUGGCCAAAGCUGGAAACACUGGUAAAUGUUCUUGUCCCAUGUAUUUCAUCACACUUUUAUCUUUGUUAUAUAUAGUUUUGCUCCAUUGACAUUAUCUUUGGUUUUCUCUGUUUAAUUCCCAGGUUAUGGCAUGAUGCCUUAUGGGAAAGGUUUACAGAAUGGCGGCACGACUAACGGAAAGGGCCGUAAAGGUGAAGUUCUCUCUCCUGAACAGCCAAGUGUUGCACCAGAGGAGGAAGUUCCCCCUCAACAAGCAGUAACUCAGGAUGCAACGCCUGUCGCCCCUGAGCCCACUAGCGGCAUCCUCGUCAUGGUGACACAAGAACAACAUCAGAUGCUGCCCUCACCUGUGCCUCAGGGGAAAAGCUACAAACACGCACAAUACCUCCCUGUGGCUACACAAGAACCAGGACCAGAGCCUGGACUUGAGGCCUCACCUGAGCCAGCUCCCAAAGGUCCAAAGCUGGCGACAUCUGGGCCUGCACCAGUAGAUCCCCAGACUGGCACAACAGCACCAGAGCCAGAGGUAGUCCUUCCUCAAGGCAAGUACUCAAAACUUGAAUCAGUACGGUGCGAGUGUAGAAGAAUUUGAUGUGAAUACAUGACAAAAAAUUCAUUGUUUGACAACCUGUUGACCUCAGCUGAAUUGUUUUUCAUAAUGUUUGUUUUACUUCCUCUGGUCCUCAGUGAGAUAACUGUUCUUUUGCUUGAAGGUCAUUUUUGUAAAGUGGGAGUAGAAGGCUGUGAAAAUAUACGAUUAUCAAGGGUUUGUUUCUUUGGGCCAGCAUAAAGAUAGUCACCCCAAUUACAUACUGUACACUUACUAGUACCAGGGGUGUGUCCAGAGGGUUGACCUGGGGGAGCAUGGGCCCCAUCUAAAUCUGACUGGGGUGACCAGUCAGAUUUAGUCAGAUUUGCACUUCUUUAUUCCGACCUAAAAAGAGGGGGAUUUAGUUGUGUUAUUUCUUUAACACUUUCUGCUAUAUGGUGUACAAUAUUCACAAAAUGUCACUGUAUGCUUGCUGGAAGGAUACUUAGACUUGACUCAUGAAACUUUUAUUUUGAGUGAAACUCUCACAUGAAGAGUGUCCUUCUGACAAUGUAAUAUGCUGUGGGGAAUCUACAUCUGAAAGAAAAGCCGUAAUUUCAGUCAUUUUUAGAAUUAAAUAAUGUGUCUUUUUAAACAGUUUAAAGGUUUUGGUUUGGAAAUCAACAAAUACUCUUUUGGAUUUCUGUCAACUGUUUUAUUUUGAUGACUUAAGCAACCUGUUAACGUACUUACCUACAUUAUGUUUGGGAAUGAAAUGAUUCACACGAUGUUUCUUUUGGAUAUGUCAUCUGCACAUUUUACAUUUAUACCUACUCUGUGUACUUGCAAUCAGAUUUUAAGUCAUAGAAAAAAAUGGCUUUUUGUUGUAUUUCUAUAGAUGUGAUAAUUUUAUGUUUCUGUUUUGUAAAAGUCAACGAUAGCAGUACAAAUUUGCAUUAAUAACGUGUUGUUAUAAAUGUCGAUGACCUCCAGGUUAUGUGACUGGGGAUGCUGUACCUGAGCAAAAAGUUGCAGAGACAGAUGUUGUUUUUGGGGGGGACGGCGACAGUGAAGGGGACGCCGCACCUAAAACAGACAAAUCCCUGAAAACCAAACCUGAACCUGAAACAGUGUCAGCUAAAAGUACAGAUAGCAUCACCCCUGAAGAAACACUGGCUGUGGGUUUACCUGAAAUUACGCCAGAGGAAGCCAACGUCAAGAGUCAGCCUCAGGCAGGACCUGCAAACCCUGGAGUCAAAGGUCAACCUGGAGGAGACACUGUAGCAGCUGGUAAUCUAAACUGGGGUUUAGAUGACUUUAGAAGUGCUUGACUGCAUGUGUAAAUGUUGACUGUAUCCACUGUUUGUCCUAACUCUCAGUCUGUUCACUGUAAGUGUUUCACCCUGCAAGACUUUUACUGUUGUAAUAGUUUAAUGGCUAGGAUUCACUCUCUGAGAUCUUAAAUACAGUCUUGAUAUUAAUAUUUACCAACCAUCUUGGCUCAGGAAGAGAAACUUUUAAUGAAUUCUGCAGGUAUGUGUUAAAAUGUAGAAAUAAUCACCACAGAUGUAUUUUUUGAGAGUGAAUUCUAGCCUGUGCUCGUGUUUAUCAGUGUACCGUACAGAUAUUUGUGUUUUUACAUUUUGUUUGUCUGUGUUGCAUGUUUUUGUCAGAGUUGUGAUUUGACUUGUUUUUUUUCAGUUGCUUUUUAAACCUUGGUCAGUCUUUCAUAUUUAGAGAUUUAUGUUUGACACUUUUAAAGUCACAUUUUGGGAAAUAAGCCAUUUUACUACACUACAACCUGCCCUUUCUUGUGCAGCUAGCCAGUACUGAUAAACUAUUUCUGUUUGCAUCAGUCUUUAAGCUAGGCUAACAGUCUCCUAGCUGUGGCUUCACCUACUGCAAACACAAGUAUUUUCCAAAAUGUCACUUGAACAAUUUCAACAAGUGAAGAAUUAACAAAUUCAACGUGUUUACGUCUUUGUGUAAAGUGUGCAUCACUGUCUUUGUGGUUUGUAUAACUACCGUCUUCUUCAGUGCUAAUCUGGUUCAUUCAGGCCACGAGUUACAAAGUUUUACCCAUUUUUUUUUAAGUAAUUGUUUGAGGACAAACUGUAACUAUCAUUUCAAACCAUGCUUCAAUGUUGAGCCUGUCACUCUGAUUUUCAGGAAAUGGAGGAGUACCUACGAUGUCAAAGGGUCAGGGAGCCAAACCAGCCACACCUGGUAAAUAACCAUCUCUUCUUUUGAACACUACAAUUACCUGAGAGCUGGUAACUUCUUAUUUAGGUUCAGACAUAGUUUUCCUCUUUGGGCUAAAUUAUUGUAACAACACAACUUUGGAUAUCAGCCACAUUUACUCGGUGUGGCACUUGUAAGCAGUGUUAGUUUGAGUUUUAUUUGAUGGAGUUUAAGUUAUUUAAAACUUAAAACUUGUUGUUAGCAUGUAAAUGGGCUAAAUUAGCAAUUAGAGAAAAAAUAGGUCUGAGCCUGACUCUUCAAAGGAAAAUUACUGUGGUGCACAAUACCUCUAGUAACAAGUAUAAGCUGGGCAUGCUGGCUUUCAAAGAUUAGAAAAGUAGUAAUCUUGAGUGUGUGGCUUAGCUAUGUGGUUUUACUGUGUGUUUAAAAUAGCACAAAAGCUGCUUUUUUUGGACUUGAAUUCAGUGUUAGGACAUAUUAAAGUAUUUGGGUUCAUCAAACAUGUUGACAUUGUUGCUCUAGACUGUGGACCAUCAGGAGUCCCAAAUGGACAAUGGAUGAAGAUACCUCGGCCUGGUAAAGAGACAGAUUUCAGUGAUUUCAAUGUGCUUAUAUCCUUGAAUGUAUACGUUUUUUUAUAUUCACUACAGUUAGACUGUAUUAAAAAACAGAGAUAGUUGUGAGUUGUUUUGAUAACAGCAGGUGUUGUUCUGUCUUUUAAGGUUAUAAUGGAGGCGCUGGAGCUUCGGCUGGCUUGAACACCAAAGGUACAAGAGUGAAUGAACUGAUGGCCCAACACAGAGUAUUUUUGCAGAGAUUACAUGUACAUACAUCUUUAAAUAUCUACCACUAAAGUGAUUUUUUUUAAUUUGAUGAAGGUUUUGGAGCUGGGGCCGGUGCUCCCACUGGAUACGGCUCCAAACCCAAUGGUACUGUUAUUUUCAUUCACUGUUUUUUUACCGUGUAUUUGAUGAAGUAUUUUUGUACGAAAUCAUUUUGAUGUUGGGUCUUUGUUUAGGGUAUGGUGCCAGUGCAGGGGGGUAUGCAAAUGGAGGAGGAGCGAAAGCAAACAAACCAAGUAAGGGGCAUAAUAAAAACUAUAAAACAAAAUAUUUUGAACAUUUUCUGUGAAAUCCAUCAACAUUUAAACUUUUUCCUGUUUUCUUCAAAACAUAAAAUAUUUCUAAAACCUGUGCUGAUACAGCAAGAUGAUCUACAUGAUGUCAGUUGCAGAAAGUGAUUUAAAGAUGAAAGUCAGGACCUUAUGUGUCUACAUCAAGACUUUUUUUUUAAUAUCUAAAGGUUAUGGAGCAGCAGGCCACAAUGGAUGGGGCGAUGGAUAUGGAGCUGGUAAUAUUUAUUGUCAAUGUAAAUAAAAUCUAAAAUUAAAAAGUUGCUUUGAAUGUUUUUUGUAUUUUUAUUGUUUUAUGCUACGUCUACAGGACCUAGAUAUCCUUAUGCAGGGAGACUUCAGCAACCUGGUAAGCACUCCUUGACUAAAAACCUUUUUUUUUUCAUAAACUAUGUCACAUGGGUUGUCAUGAUUUGGACAGUGGAGUGUUUUUUUAUAUAUAUAUUUUGUUGUGCGCACUCUCAGGUUAUGGACAAGGAGCAUUCUUGGGAGCCGGAUAUGGACGUGAAAACUCAUAUGGAGGUGAGCUUUUUUGUGUAAAGUUUGGUUUUCAGCACCAUUUAUGAACUACCUUUGAAUUGUUGUGUGUAGUUUACCGUGUGCACUCAGUAUGAGAAAACCUGAAUUCAUUCAUUGAAACGAGGAAGUGUAAGAAAUCUUUGUUGAAUGAGGAGAGAAAACUCAGAAAGAGGAAAAUAGAAGUGCUUCAAGAAGAAAUCCUGCAGUUCCGGUGUGCUGAGUUUGGAUUCAAUUAUGCUUUUUUUCUCUGGUUUUGCAGGUCAGGGUGACCCAGGCAAAUCCAAAUCAGGUAGGCCCCAGUGUGGACACUAACUUCCAAGAAAUGCCUGUAAGCUCAGCCUACAUGAAGUUUUUGUUGUUGUUGUUGUUGUUUACAGGGUAUGGAAAUGGAAAUGGCUAUGGUGCUGGAUUACAGCCAGAUUUUGCCAGUAAGAACCUUUGUUUUAUUUUGAGUAUUUGGAAAAAAAAUCAUCUUCACACCAAUUUUAUUCUUAUUGAAAAACAACUGAAAUCAACUGAACUGCUUUUGUUUGUUUGUUUUUUAAUUCAGAUCUUGGCCAAGGUGUACCCACUGCUAAUGGUAAAUCAGGUAUGUCAUGGGUUGCAAGUGAGGAUACAGAAGAGAUUAAAUAACUUUCAGAUGUGUUUAGUAAAACAGUGAAUCAUUGUCUGAUUUCUGCUGAUUCUUCAGGUGCCAAACAAAGUCCUUACAGUGGAGCCCCAGUGAUUCCUGCUUCACUAGAUGGUAAGAGGAUGUAAAUAUAUGACUCGAGCACGAGUGAAAGGUGAGAUUAUCCAGUAAGAGGGAUAAUCCAGAGUAUAAUCUGCAGGAGAAAAAAACAAAGCAAAACAGUAACACUAACCCAACACAAGUAAUAAUUUUACUGUUUGCAAAACUGCAGGAAAACUGCCAUUAACAUGAGAUUAUUGUAGUUAAAAUCCAUAACCCUGAUAUUCAAUUUACUUGGUUUGUUAGAAAAUAUCCCUCUGAGCAUUUUUUGGUCUAAAAGAGGUCUAAAAGACGUCUAAAUUUAGCCUAGAUGACUGGUCUAAAAUCAGGCUACCACAGGUCUAAAAAUGAAAGGUUUUUAGACCUUUAAAUUUAGACCAAGUUUAGACAAAGUCUAAAUCUGGGCUAUAUCUAUGUUACACUGUAUAUUGCUCAACGGAUAUCAUAAUUAUUUUGGUUUAGUACUUUGAGAUCAGUUAUGCAACUCACAGUUGCUUUUUGAAAUAAAUAGUUAUCGAAUAAUGGGUUAAAGUGCAACGUCUAAAUUCCAUCUAAAAAUAUACAGAAUCUAGAUGGUUAAAAUUAGGUCUAAAAAAAACUAGAUGUCUACUAGCUGUCUAUUGCUCAGUAGGAUGUCAAGUAUAUCUUGUAUUCUCACGCAGGAGUGAGUCAGUUUGAGCCUCAGUCUGCUGGUCUCGGUCCGGGUGGAAAAAGCAACAGCAUGUAUGGUGGUAUGUAUAUCAAUGUCUCUUAAAUCUUUCUUUAUUCUUAAGAACAGAGGAGGCAUCUGUUUAGAAAUCACUCUGAGAAGAGAUGUACUUAUAUAGAAUUAAAUCUGUUAUGCCACAAGAACUGUCUGUAAUGUUUCAGGGAUGGGAGGUUUGCCUAACGGUGGUCAGCCGCUAGGAAUGGGUGCAAAGAAAUCAAACGCUAAGUACGGUGAGUGUUCCCAGGCUGUAUCGCUGCAUGAAGUAGCUUUGAAAGGAAAAAAAGAGUCAUUAUAAGGACUUACACUAAUGCAAUACUUCCAUUCAACUAUGAGUAUCCUCAAAGUAUGACUUAACUCUCUGCUCAUGGACUGGCCACUUUCUUUCAGGCAUCGGUGGGUUGCAGUUUGGUGGGCAGCCACUCAGUCGAGGGACUAAUGGUGCAGGAAAUUAUGGUAUGUGUGCAAUAACUGAACCCUGUCCUUUAAGUCAAUUUAUUUGAUCCUACAAAAGUCUGGUUUAAGCAUGCGCAUCCAUGUUAUCUUUGCUCUUGUGUGAUGACUGACCAACUUUUAAAAACUUGCAUCCAGGAUAUGGUGGAAGCCCCUAUAACCCUGCCGGUAAUGGCAAAAUGUCUGGAAAAUAUGGUAAGUCUUUUGAAUAAAUAGUCAUAAAACCUAGCAGAAACUUGCAUUUGAUAAGAAAGCGCAGCAUCGCGAGUAGAGCUUCCAAAACAACAAGCAUCUAAUGUCUUAUCAGUCUAAAGAAAUUAAUGAUUUGCUUCAUUUUUCAACAUUCUUGAAGGUGGCCAGGGCGCCGGCAUGGGAGGGAAUCCUUCACCAGUGAACUACAGUCAGUUUCUGUUCAUUCUAAAUACAAUAAAUAAGAAGAAAUGUAAAUAUUGGUACCCUUGACUCAUGAGGAUAAUUUUUUUCACUCUGAGCUGUUUCCCCUUCUUCUCUUCUCAGGAUAUGGUGGACUGCCUCUCGGUCAUGGAAGUAAUGGACAUACAGCUGGCACAUAUGGUGAAUAAUCUGUAUUUGUCAUCAGGAUUUGUUGUUUAAGUUCCAGUCCCUCAGCUGCUUAUACACUGUUUAUUCUCAUCUUCUUGACAGGUUAUGGAAGAAUGCCUUAUGAGGCUCAGCCAGCUGGACUGAGCAAUGGGGCCAAAUCAAGUGGCAAAUAUGGUGAGUGAGUGAGUGAGUAUGUAUGUAAAGAUCUUUUAUACUGAGCCAAGUUAUCUCAAUGCUGGCAGUGGCUUCAUACUUACUUUACCUACAUAAGAGUGGAGUGUAAGAAGUCACAACAAACAUGAAAAUCAUGAUAUCACAGGCUGGUUCUUCAGGCUAACAAAUUCAGGCAGAUGUGCACUUGUUUUAUUACUUUUCAUGAAUUUUUCUGCUUUUUAUAAUUUUCUCACAGGACCAGCUGCAGCACAGUAUCAGCCUUCAUCUUUAGGGCUUGGACAGAAUGGGAAACAAACCAGCAACUAUGGUGGGAUUCUGCAAAUAUGAGCUAUCCCCUCAAUGUCGUUUCUUGUUAAUUGUCAAUUUUUUUGGUUUAACUUGUCAUCUCCAUUUGGUUUGAAAGGUGGCAGUGAAGUUCCCUAUGCUCCUCAAGCUCUCGGCUUUCAGAGUCAAGCAAAAUCCUCAAUGAAAUACGGUGCAGUGCUUUGUAUUGGUUCCCAUACCAAUCUUUGUUUUUCAUCUGUAUUCAAACCCUGUUUUAUUGAACAGUUUCCAUCCAUCUCUCUGCAGGUAACCAGGGGCUGUACCCCUCACAGCCUCUUGAAUCUGCAUCUGAAGUCAGACCUGCUGGAGAAUAUGGUAAUAAUGAGGUUUAUUACCACAUCAGGUGUGUUAUAACUACUAAAAAUAUACAGUUCAUUAAUUUGUUCUGCUGUCUUAAAUAGAAACAGCUGGUUUGUCUUAUGAGCCUUUACCUGUGGAGCCAGAUACAGCGGGACAAUCCUUUGGUAAGUUGAGGGAGAAACACAAACAUAAAAUCAUAUGGGAGCCCCAAAACAGACAUGCAUCCUUAUGUUUGAAUUUUAUUUGUUUUUGUUAGUCCACACCAAUGACAAAAAUUAGUUUUGUGUAUAUGUGUGUGCUUUUGUAACUCGGUGUUCGAGUUACAAUCACCUGACAUGAUAAGAAAUCUGGUACAAUAAAAGGUGUGGAUGCACAUCUGCACAGGGCUUCUGUACCAUAGCUUCAUUAUCUUAUUCUUCUCCCCUGUUUCCCCCUCUUAUCUCUUAGUGAAGGGAGGGGUACCAACCCCGACAGUUGCAGUUGAAGGCGAGGGGAUGUCUGUUGAAAGAUAUGGUCAGUAAAUUUCUGCAUGUCUGAUCCUUUUUUAAUGUUGUUGCAAUAAGUUAACGUUUGACUGUCUCUUUCAGAAAAUGUGGGCUAUAUAAAUGGUCAAGUGCAGCCAGAAGGUAAAACUAAGAACACUAGACUAAUCAAAACUUUUUUAAGUAUGUACAGUAUAUGAUUCAUUAAUGUUUCUUUUCUGCUGUUUCUUCAGUUGUUAAUUUCCCAGCAGCCCCCACUCCCGGCCCCACCCUGGCUUUCCCUUCCGCCCCCUCCUAUCUACCUAUAGAGUCCUCCUACACCCCUGAUAUCUUACCUGGAUUAAACGUCGAGGACUUACCUGACCCUGCAUCAACUACUAGCCUCGCCUUAGACUCUGCGCCCUCUACAGAAAGGCAUGGCGAGAUUCAGGUGCCUGAUCAACCAGACGAUCAACAGCAGCUGCCACGUCAGAUCCACAUCCAGCAGCAUCUCAAACUGCAUUUUCACCAGCAAGGCGAGUCCAGGAGAAUUUGAUUUCUGCUGUCCAAAUUAAAAAUCUCCUCAGCAUUGUUUUGGGUGAGAGAAAAAGGUUGGUUCGCUAAAGGAGGACAGGAGGGAGAAAAAAAAGUUGAAUUUUAAACAAAUAUUCAACAAUCUCUGGUUGUAUUGAUUCACAAGGGUGUGUCCAGAGGGGCUCUUCUCUUUUGGCCACCCUCAAAAUCUUUAGUGUUGUUCGGCUAUUCAGAGUCAGGCUCCAAGUUUUCUUUGAACUUAAUGUUACAAUUUACUUUUUUUUACUUUAAUUUACUUUAAUUGGAGAAAAAUACUGAACACAUUUGAGGUGUGUGUAGGGUAGGAAUCAAACAAUCAAAUAUUGAAAGUAAACUCAUACACAAACUGCCAAAGAUACGUGAAUUGGUAAUGUUUUGGUACUUUUUUAGGUACAAACAUCUCAACGGGGGUUUUUGUUGUCACACACAAGGAACUUCAGCUGUGAGCUUUUUAAAGGAUUUGUGCAACUUUAAAGGAAAGUUUUGUGAACUUUAAAAGUCUGCUAAGGUAUAGAUGAGAAAAACAACACUGCUGGUCAAAACUAGAGUAAAGAGUUAUCAGGAUUACCUUACAGUUAAUAAAAUUAGCUUCCAGCACUUUUAAUAUCUUGUUUGCACACAAAACGGUAAUCUGUGAUUGUUAUAAAGGUUUUCUUUAUUUUAGUCGUUUAGUCCAAGCUGAGCUAAGAGUUUUUAAUCACUUACUCCAUUGUUUUUAUUAUUUACUGUAUGUGCAAGCAGUAAUUAUCUACCAUAGGGCCAAAAAAGGUACAUUUACCCAAAUGUCAAAUUAUAUGUUUUGUGUACAUAAAAGAACUGUGCAACUAUUGCACACAACUUCCUACAUUUAAAAGCCUAAUAAAGUUGUUAAUUAACUUUCAUUGUCUCUUUUUCUAUCUGCAGGGGCAAAGAAUGGCAAAUAUGACUUGAAUGGCUUCUUUGGAAAUAGUGGCUAUCAAGGUAAGACUCUUCACUGGUUUAAAAUACUAUUUUCAGUUUGCUGUGUUUCUCUCUAUUAUCCCACUCAUUGUUAUUGUGAUGCAUUUGUUUCUCCACACAGGUUAA